AUGGUUAUAGCUUAUGAUUAUCCAUCAGCAGAUUCAGCUGGAAUCGUGGUGCAUGGGGCAAGGCGAUCCCUUCUUGUUGAUGAUUUGCCAUUUGGAAGCUAUGAAAAGAGCAUAGAGCAGGCAAUGGGAUCUGCAAUCAAGAUAUUGAAGGAGCGUGGCUAUGGAGGGUAUGAUAUUUUCCAUGGCAGAGGGCUUUUGAGAGAGGCCGCGAGAGGGUUCUAUUUACAGAGGUGGCGAUCUUUACAAUGGCAGCAUGGUCUUGGAGGGGCCGCGGAUGAUAGCGGGGCCACCCGCAGUGGCUCUGCGACCAUGGAUGAUAGCAGGGCCACCCGCAGCGGUGCCGUGGGUGCCAUUGCAGGUCGUGGCCUGCAGUGA